AUGACGGGUGCACCCCUCCGCCGCCUCUUCCUGGAGGGGAUGGCAUACGCGGACCAGAUCAUGGAAAUGUCAAAGGCGAACAUCCCCAUUGGUCCUCACGGCGGUGGAAUCGCCAACUGUGUGUGGAUGCCGCCGGGGUCGGUGGUUGUUGAGUUUGUCCCUCCCGUUGGGGUGACCUUGCUGAAAUUGUACCAUAACUUCUGCCGUCGCGCGGCGGGAAGGGGUGAGCUUACCAUCGAGCACAUCGGUUUUAUUGCUGAGCGGGAUCCAGCCGAAGGAGAGCCAGGCUUCGAGGCUGCCAGCCCGUCCUGGAAGUCUAACAAGCGUCUUUUCAGUAACAUAUGGAUGCCAAAGGAAAGGAUUGCCAAAUAUUUUGAAAGGGCCUUGGAAUUGUACCGCAAGUCAUGGAAGCUGUCGAGUAUGGAAAAAUGGCGAGUUGAAUCGUAA